AUGGAUGCUGGAGCAGAAGAGGAACAACAUCAUAAUCCUUUUCUUGCUAGCUUUUAUUCUACACCCAGGUUCCAAUUUCGGUAAAAAUCUGACUAGAGAUUGAAUCUUUUUUUCUUUAGUUAUUACAUAUAUAUUUUUUGAAUUUACUUCUUUUACAAAACACUUUAGGAGUGAGGUGUCAAAAGCUCGAUGGGAUGAGAGUAUAGGGAUGGGCGAAAUCAUAGAGAAGAAGGGUAGGAUUUGGACCAGCACUGGAAUGACCAGGAACGGUGGAAAGCUCUAUUGCACCAUCGAAGAAAUCAUGUGAGUAUAAACAAGACUAGAUCGCGUCUAUCAAUUCGUUCAGAAUUUUACUUUAACAUCAAUACUUGCUUUCCCCUUGCGACAAAGUAAUGUUAAUUGCAAUUUACCCCUCCCAGCUCUUUAAGUCUGUGACAAAGAAAGUUUAGUUACUUAUUUUUGUUUGCCCUGUGAAGACAUUAUCAAGAAAGAUUACUUUUUUUAGGCCAAGAGGUUCGCUAUCUGAGGCGAGCAGAUUACUCCUUUUAUUUUUAUUCCAAAAUUUCAAAAAUGCUAUUUUCAAUAUGCCUAUUUACGGCGACGAAGAAUGAAACUAUCACUAUAUAUUUUCCAUAUAGAUUUAUCUAAAACUCUAUCAAGGAUAAGAACAAAAAGCGAUAUGGAAUUCUGUUUAUUCACUUUAAAUUGAGUAUCCGUUUCCCUCCUUUUCCUGCUAGGAUUGGAAAUCUUGUAUUUUACAUAUCCAUACCAUCGAGUCCUUGGGUUGUUAUGCUCAUUACUAAACUUGUUGAAGAGAUGAAAUAGAACCAAGGUCUAUCUUUUUGAUCAGAGGUUGAAUCGAUACUGGCUCGGUGAGUCCUUUCUUCCGUGAUGAACUGUUGGUACCAGUCCUAUUUUUUUUCGCUGUGGACCGAAGAGAAAGUCAAUCAAGUAAUCAAAUAAUUGAUCUUAUUGAUAAAUCAAUGUCUUACUCCAUGGAUUCGAGAGAACAAGAGAACAAUAGCCUGACAUGAGAAACGACCUCAUUUUAACAGCCGGCACAGUAAUAAUGAAAAUGGCUCCUUUAGUGAGAUUAUAUACCUGAUCUUGCACUCCAUACACAUUAAGGUAAAUAGGAAAUUGAUGUGGAUUGGAGAUAUGGGUCGAUUCAUAAACAUCAAAUAUAAAGGUAAUGAUUUAUUUUCCACAUGUGGAUAGGAAGACAAUAUUCCUGGUUUGUUUGAUGAAGUAGUAACUUUCUAAGUUUUACUUUUGUAAUAAUACCAAAGAAGAGAAUUUUCGCAUGGCUUUACAAUUCCUGACAUCUAAUAGUUAAGCCUUGGAAUCCUAUGGCUUUGUUUUGUUAGUAAAAAUGUAAAUAGAAAGCUGCCAAGAUAAAAAACAGUUCUUUCCUUAUAGUAUCCGAACUCACCUUCCAUGCAAUCGAUUUUACUCUUCAAGAUCCCAGUCAUUGAUGCUAACAGCUUGGAGGUAUAUUUAUAAAGUUGCUUUCAAAAAGUUUCUCAUUAGAAAAGAUUCCACUAAAUAUAUCUUUGAAAAGACCAAACUCCAUGGGGAUAGGAUUUAUCCUUCUCUUUAAAUGAAUAUGAUCUUAUUCGAAAAUUAUGCAGGACUAUAUGAACAUUUUUUUGGUCCAAGGUAACUUUUAUACUUCCAAUUUUUCUCGUGAGUUACUACAACAGAAACAAUAUUAUCAUCAUACGAAUGUGAUUUUCUCAAGGGUGGUGACAUUGGAGGUGAACAAGAUUCUGUAGUCACUGUUUUAGAAUGCAUCGGCAUUGAUGUCAUAUAGGUCUGCUAGAUAAUCAAUAAUUGUUUCUUGAUUUCAGUGUCUAGUCAAGUGUUUUUAUCCAUAUCAUGUCAGUAAGUGGUGAUGAGAUCUUGAUUAUUCUUACAAUUGUUGCUUCUAUAUUCAGAUUUUUCACGCCCGAUAACUAUCUAUUAGUCUUGUCAGCAUGCAUAAUAUUUAUGAAUUAGCUACCUCAGCGGUGAGGUAUCUGCUUUCUGCCUAGGUAAUCUAUCUGGGAUAUACUUGGAGCCCCAAGGGACUACUUCCAUGGCGUCUCUGUUCUCUAUUAGGAUUCCAAAUGAUGUGGGUCACCAUACUAAUUCUAGAGAUUCCCUCCCCAAGAAAUCUACUUAGACAAUACAAAUUUCUUUCUCUGCUGAUGCCAAUAUUUCGUGCGGAGGCUGUUAGUGGACAGCAUGCUUGGCUAUCCCCCUUUCUCAUCACUGUACAGUGAAUGAGUCAUCUAGUUUCUCCUUUCAAAGGGCCGUCAUUUUCUUCAACCUCUUCAACUUCUCUCUUUUCUUUUUUUUCCUUUUUAUGAGAGCAGCCUCAGUGGAAUGCUUGUUUUCUUAUUUUUGUAUAGAAGAUCUCCACAAUAUGCCUGAUACUUGUUCAUCUCAGUCCAUAAAGGGGUAUCCUGGAUAUUUCUUAAAAAUACUCUGUGAACAGUUUAGUGCAAGGUAAAUAGACCGGGGAACCAGGCAUUGUGAGAUAAUGGGGAAGAUGGAUAUUUGUGUCAAAAAUUAUUUGGGAGAACGUCGUUUUGAUACAUGUUUACAUGGGAGCAUCUGUUGAAUCUUUUUUUUUAUUUACCUAUAGGGAUUGUUAUGGUCUUUCAUUAAUUUUUUGUUUGUCGACUUAACCCUGUGCUGGUGUUGCACGCGUUCCGCUCACUCCUUGACAAUCUGCCCUAUUUGUACCUUUUUUGCCCUUUAUUGUUGUAGUCAUCAGAAGAUUACAUUCAACUUGGAUCAGACAAUUGAACUUUUCAAAUACUUUACCCUUGUCCUUUUUACGGUCGCAGUGACAAAUAUUCAAUAUACUCCCCUCUCCUCCUCGUGCUAUAUUUUUCAUAUCAUACUGAAUUCUAUUCAAAAGUAUAAAACGCUUCAACUAAAAACCUUCCUGUUUAAAACGUUAUAUAGCUUAAUCCGAGGUGUGUUAUAGAUUUUAUUUUAUUCCACUCUUUCACUAUUUUGUUUAAAUUUUCUUUCAUUGGAUUAUCUAGAUGGUCAUGAAAAUUGUUCGUUUUCUCUAUUACCACUGAUUUCAUGAAUAUGGAAUUACUGCAGCUUUUUAGUGGAGAGAGGGGCUCUACUUCUCUUAGAUACCAGUGACAGGGUCCUUGAUUUGAAAUACAUAUACAUGAAGCUCGCAGAAGGAAAGUGUGGAUGCACUUGGGAAUCUCUUGAGGCAUACAGGCACUUGAAGUCACUGGGUUACAUCAUCAGACGCCAUGGCAUCCCCUGGACUAUGAAGAAUGAGAAGAGCUGCUGCCCUGCAACUUCUCAUUCUGCUUUUAUGUCAGUCAUUUCAGAUAAAAUGGGGAAAUCAGACAAGGUGAAGGAAGAGGAUGUAUCUAUUGUGCAGAUGGUUAAACAAAUAGCAAUUGAUGGGAUGAAAUUGGAUUUUGAUGUCUAUCUUCCUGACAGCAAAUUCAGAAAGACCUCUCCUGGUGACCCCAAUUUCAUCUUGUCUUUGCUCGGGUAAAUCAUUUCACAUCCAAUUGUCUUCAAUCGACCAGCAUUCCCUAUUAACUUGCUUUAGCAUUUUCAUCUCCCAUUUGAAGGAAUUACUGUAGCAAACGAUAUCAUUUGUACUUUAAGCAAUAGGUUUCUGCCAGUACUAGGCUUUGAUAUUUACUGUAUCAAACGCCCAAUUACCGUUGUAUGUUACCAUUGGGGUUGUCUUUGGAGUAAGAUGAAUCAUCUGUGGAAGAUUAGAAAAGAAAAUUGAUUCACUUGUUUCCUUUCUAACGCUGUUUUAGUUUUGUGUUCAUUUUAAUAUGUUACCUUCAUGGAUAAUUUAAUGGAGGUUUACUCUUGAGAUUACUUUAAUUAGUGUCUUGUGUGCAUCUAAAUUUUUAUGUGCAGUAGCAAACCUCCAUCAAGGGCAGAUGUGGAUGGUCUUGAGAAAAAGUGCAAUGGUGUUCCUCUCAAGUUCUGCCACGUUGACCAUGGAAGGGUCAGUAUCUUCUCGUUCGAAAAAUUAAAUCUUCAAAUAUUACCAUGA